UUCCACCGCCAGCGGCUCACUGCCGGAGCCCCUCCCCUUCAUUGUAACGGAGCCCAGGUGACGGCAGCCAUGCCCCUGAAUGCCUGUUACCAGGAGGUGGUGACCUUCGAGGACGUGGCUGUCUACUUCACCCGGACAGAAUGGGCUGGCCUUUCUCCUGCACAGAGAGCCCUGUACAGGGAGGUGAUGCUGACAAAUUAUGGGAACUUGACUUCCCUGGGAUACCCAGUUUGCAGACUUGCCCUGAUCUCACUUCUGGAAGGAGGGGAUUUGCCUUGGGGCCUGGAGCCACAGGACGAUCUACCUGCAGAAAAUACCAGUGAUGUCUCUAAAGAUGCUGAGACCAACAUUGACAGUGAGUCCACAUCAACUCAGGGAAUUUCUGAAGAAAGAGAUGUGAUGAUACCACAUGGGCUGCCACAGAAUGUUUCUCAGGAAAGUGACUUCCCAGAAACAUGUGAACUGGAGAAACACCAGGAAAUCCCCACAGUGAAAAUUAAAAGAAAGGAUGAGACAAUCCUCUGUGCAAGGAAACCCUUCAGAUGUGAGGAGUGUGGGAGAUGCUUCAGCUUUUUUUCUUACUAUGUUAGACACCAGAGAAUCCACACCAGGGAGCAACCCUACCCAUGUGAGGAGUGUGGGAAAUCUUUUAAUGGCAAUUCUUCAUUAAUUUGGCACCAGAGAAUCCACACUGGAGAGAAACCCUACCAGUGUGAGGAAUGUGGGUGAGCCUUUAAUAAUAGUGCAAAUCUGAUCAGGCAUCAGAGAAUCCACAGUGGGGACAGGCCCUAUCUCUGCACAGAGUGUGGAAAUGGCUUCCCCAGUAGUUCUGAGUUGGUUGUACACCAGAAAAUCCACACUGGGGAGAAACCUUAUGAGUGUAAUGAGUGUGGAAAAGCUUUUGCUGUUAAGUCAACAUUAAGUCGGCAUCAGAGAAUCCACAGGGGAAAGAAACCACACGAGUGUCUCAAGUGUGGGAAAACCUUUAGGACUUCCUCCCAGCUACAUCAUCAUGCGUGUGCUCACCCUAGAGAGAGGCCUAUCCUGGACCUCGGUUCCAUUGGCCUCCCAACAUUUUUUACCCCCUUUUCGUGGUAAUUCCUGCCCUGCUUUUUUGUAAAGCCACU